AUGACCGACCCAAACCCGACCUUCAACACAGAGCGCCAUGUCAAAUACUACCUCCGAUGCCUGAAGACUUUCCUCCCGUCCGCCUACACAUCCAAUGACUCUAAUCGCAUGCUUCUUGCCUACCUGACCCUCUCAGGAUUGGACGUGCUCGGCGUCCUCCAGAGCAAAACCACACCGGAAGAAAGACAAGGGUACAUCGACUGGCUCUAUCACUGCCAGGUGCCCUCAGGCGGGUUCCGUGGCUUCCCGGGCACAGAUUUUGGGCCGGGAAAGCGAAAUAAGGAUAAUGAAGCUUGGGAUCCAGCUAAUGUCCCCGCGACAUUCUUUGCGCUAGUCAACUUGCUCGUCCUCGGGGACGACCUGUCGCGUGUCAAGCGACGGGAGUGUCUUGAGUGGCUUCCCAAAGUUCAGCGCGCCGAUGGAAGCUUCGGUGAGAUUAUUGGUCCUGAGGGGAGUGUAGGGGGGCUCGUGAUUUGCGAUACUGCUGUUGUGCUGCUGGCAUACGUGUCCGCAAUUCAAACACUGACGGAACAGACGUACGACGGCGGCAUGGCUGAAUCACCUUUCUGUGAAUCGCAUAGUGGACACACAUAUUGCGCGGUUGGGUCUCUGGACUUCGUGCGCCGGACUUCUAACGAUCUAAAAUCAGUGCCCCUACUAUCGGCAGGGUCUAAUCAAUUCGAGGCUUUGAUUACAUGGAUCGCUUCAAGGCAGACCGCCCAGCUGGAGGAACCCGAGGAAGAUGAAGAUGAUGAUGAUGGACAGCUUGAGGUGACGGAGACGAGAUCUCUCGAUGAUAGAGUCCACGGGUUGCCUAAUGUUCAACCCAUCAUGGCCGACACAAUAUCAUGCGCCGGGUUCAAUGGCCGAUGCAAUAAAUAUGCAGACACAUGCUAUUCAUUCUGGAACGGAGCGACACUGAUGAUGCUGGAUCGGUAUUCCGUGAUAGAUGAAGUUCGCAAUCGUCGAUACUUGCUUGAAAAGACACAACAUAUUGUCGGCGGGUUUGGGAAAGCACCCGGGGAUCCUCCUGACCUUCUUCACUCAUACUUUGGCAUGGUGUCCCUGGCUUUCCAGGGUGAGGCAGGACUCAGCCCCGUCGAUCCCACGAUGGGUUCCAGUGAACGCACAGUCCGACAUCUUGAAUCACUGCCUUGGUGGCAAUGA